UGUUCGUAUUAUUACAUGUGAAUAAUAGUUAAUUUCGUGCUUUAAAAUUGAAUAUUUCGAAUUUUUUGGAAUAAAAAUGCGGUGUGCAAUGGCUGGGUGCAAUUCAGAUAAUCAGUCAAAUACUUUUCAUAAGGACAUGAUGUUUUUUCGCUUUCCUAGUGACAUAAACAUGCAGAAACUUUGGGUUACUGCUUGCAGACGUCAAGAAAAUUUCACUGUGAAUACUGCAAGACUUUGUUCGAAGCAUUUCGAUAGGAAAAGUUUUAAAAGAAACUUGAGGCAUGACCUGCUGAAUUAUAAAGCCAAAAACCUCAGGCUCUUGAAGCCACAUGCUAUUCCAACUUUGAACAUCCCUAAACAAAACACUGAAGAUGCUCUUAUUACAGAGCUGGAUGACAUCCAAUAUGAUGGAUUGAAAAACUUGGCAGGUUUCAUCUGCCAUAAGUUGAAGAAAGGAGGACCCACUGCCUCCACCUUCACCUCAACCAGUCAUGAUUCAUCAUGGGUUGAUCAUUUGUCAGAAGGAGGUUUAUAAAAACCAACCAAAGAGUUCAUGAGCAGAAUGACACAAUUAUAAAUAGAAGACAUUUUCAAUAAUCCCAAUCCUGAUGAUAGUUUAUCAAUUUGUAGAGGCUAUUUGAGUACCCUCACUGAAAUUUCUAAAAAUGUUGAUUGAAGUAAAAGCAUCAAAAACUUAAUCUUCAGAUCAAGAAUGUUUUUUAGAAUGAGAGAUUCGAACCAAAAGUUGUGAGAACAGUCAUUAUCUCGAAAAAGUCAUUAAAAGUUACAAAAUGAUCCUAAUUUUCAUUUCUUACCUAUACCUACCUACAUUUUUUCGAUUUAUAUAAAUGAAUCUUAAACAUUCCUCCAUACUCUCAAAUAUCAUUGAUACCUAAUCUAUUGACCAUGCACAUUUGUUAACUAAAAUGAAUUUUGAAAUCGAUUUUUAGACACAGAAUUUGUUAGAAACAUAAUCAUCAAAGUAUUCAUUAUCAGACAUCGAGCUAAAAUACUUAUUCUCAUUCCAUGAACAACGAGAAAUCGUUUAAUUAUGCGAGUUCCAUAUGCACCCAUUACAACAAUUCAAAUUUUCCUCUCCGCGUGACGUCAUGCGCGAAGAGGACGAGUUUGAGACGCCUAUC